GCGUUUUCAAUGCUGUCACGUGAGCUGUUGGACUUCCUCCGCGCCCGCCACGUGGACUGCUCUGUGGAGACGGGAGGGGACGACCUCUACCACUGGAUUCUAUGGAAAGUGAUUGUGGUGGGCCCCGAGGACACGCCGUACAGCGGCGGCUGUUUCGUGUUCGACCUGUACUUCCCGCCGCAGUACCCCAACGUGCCCCCCCAAGUAAGGACGUGCGUGCCUCUACGUGUGUGUUUUAGGGACAACAUACGUUUUAUGGAAAAAAUAUGUGUUGCAAAGCUGCUUUGGAGGACAGACCCUGGGAGGAGGGGGUGA